AUGAGGGAAACUGAUAGUUUGAUAGGUUAUCGAGAAGAGAGACAACAUAACUCUGUUCGGCACCACCAUGCAACCGAUGAAAAUCAUUUAGAAAACAAUAGUAAUUGUGAGAGACACAACAACAGCAAUGACGAUGUCGACGAUGAUAAUGAAGAAGAAGAAGAAGAUGAUGAUGAUGACGACGAUGGGAAUUCACAGAAUUCAGAUAAUGUUCUUCAAGACCACGUGCAUAAUAUCAAGAAAUUGCCGUGGUAUUCACGACCUAGUGUGUAUUCAAUCAUUCUCGUUGUUGGGUCAUUAACUAUGAGUAUAGCAAUGGCAGAUCCUACCCGUCAAAUUGUAUUGAACAAGUUGGCCUCAAACACUGUGGCCAAAGAAGAAAUGGAUGUGGCAAACACUUACUCGGCAAUAGCCAUAUCAGCAUCGCCACCGCAGGAGAAAGUUCAAAAUCUAGUUGCAUCUUUUAAUCAGUUUCUUUUAGUUGGAUUGACCUUAAUAUCAUUGCCUAUGACGGCCAAGUAUGGUGAAUUGUCAAAUGUUCAUGGCAGGAAACCAUUUUUUACAGCUUUAGUACUUACAAGCUUGAUAUCAAGAACGUGGCAAUACUACUUGUACCGUUACUCUACAUUACAAUUCAAAUCAUUACUAAUUGCCAACUACAUCCAGUCAUUAACCGGAGGAACGAAUAUCAUAUCGGCGCUUGCAAACUCUUAUGUAAGUGACAUUACACUUCCAAGCCGACGUACAUUUGCAUUUGGUUUAGCUAGCUCUGCAACAUUUGUUGGUCAAUCUUUUGGGCCAGCAUUGGGAUCAAUCAUUAGUGAUGCUGCCUCUACAAACCGAUUUAAAAAAAACGUUGCAAUUUUUUCCGGAAUGGUGCAAAUCACACAUAGUGAACGUGUUGUUUUGGUGAGUGAGCUUUUAAUACAACUAGUUUUGUUGUUAUAUGUCAUUUUCCUUUUUCCUGAGUCUAGAGGCGCAAAAGCUAGGGGCUUAGCUGAAGAUCGUGUUUUGCACGAGAGCCCUCUGAUUGAAGAGUCGUUACCAAUUGAAGUAGAUCUAGACAGUAAGCUCGAUAAAAAGCUUUCCAAAAAGGCAUCCGUGGUGAUUAAAGAAAUAUUGCUGUUUAUGAAUAUUUUCAAACCCUUGCGUUUAUUGGCAUAUUCCAAAAAAGUGGCGCGCCCACGAAGUAAGCGCAGAUACACCCAGUUUAGAAAUGCUGUAAUUGGUUUAAUUUCAACUUCGGUGAUGUACCAAGGACUAAUAUUUGCCAUGAAUGAAUUGGUCAUACAGUAUGGUAUCUUUACGUUUGACUGGAAUGCAGAUGAUAUAUCAUAUUUAUUAUCAAUUAUAUCUGUUCUGAGAUCAUUGGUAUUAAUUGCAAUUUUACCCGUUAUUGAGAAGCUUUUGAAAAAAACGUUUUGUUUGCAAAGCUUAAACUUUCAGUUUGAUAUGGUAGAGUACCUGUUAUUAAUGAUAUCGUUCAUUGUGGGUUUCCUUCUGUUUAUUUUAUUCUAUUUUGCCAAUAGCACCAAGAUGUUUUAUAUCGCUGUUGCGGUUUUCUCCUUGAAUGCCAUUAUUGGUCCCACAAUGGAUAGCACUAUCCUCAAGUUCUAUCCAACUUCUAAAAGUGCUAUGUUGUUUUCAGCAAAUAUUCUUAUGUUAAACAUAGUGUGCAUCUUCACUUCCCCCAGUAUUUUGGGAAUUUAUAAAGUUUCCUUGCAAUGGGGCAAUGCUGCAAUUCCAUUUUUGGUAUAUGCUAUGGCUAUGUUGGUAUUUAUUGGCAUUGUUUACUGGUGCAAGAGAAGUAUACACCUUGAUAGCAAAUGCAGAGAUGAUAGCAAGUAG